CAUAAGGGUGGCAGCCACCAAGUCGGCAAGAGGGUCUACAUCGAAGAAGACUGACACGGAUUACGUGAUGACGGAGAAGGACGGGCAGCGGGUCGAUGGAGAGGAGGUUAUCCUUUCGCCGCAAAAGAGGGGAGUGAAGAAGUUCUUAAUGAAGAGUUCGUUGGACGAGAUUGACACGGUUGAGCCACUGAGGCGGGCCCUUCGGCAACCAAUGGAGUGCUCUAUUCUGGAGUACCUGGCGGCAUCGAAGCCGGCUCAUGAUGAAUUACAGAUGAUCACGCGGAAGACUCGCAUACCUCUAUCAGAGGAGAGUCAGGGGGCCCCUAAAGUGGAAGCUUCUACAUUAGCAGUAACGGGGGGGACUGCCAGAGCGGAUCGCAUGGCGACAGUCGUUCUCGAUGGGAUGGAAGGUGUGCCUCUAGACAAGUUUUAUAUACUUGGUAGCGGGGUCGUGGAGACGAUUAUAAACGAUGGAGCGAUACUCGAUGCUGUGAUCGAUAAUGGUAGUGAGGCUGUCAUCAUAGACGAGGACCUGGCAGUACAAGUUGGACUGGGCCUCGAUAGGUCAUACCUAUUCGAGAUGGAGACGGCUGAUGGGAGAAAGCAACAGAUCACUGGGGACCUUCAGAAGGUCAACACGGUGAUGAUACGAGACGUGGGCUCCGUGCCACACGCCAAUUUACUGGCAGAAGGCGCAGCAGUGGCAGGUGGUGGAGCGGAGGGGAAGUCUCUAGACGAAUCGCCCUCCUUCGCUGCUGCCGCCGUUUUGCUGGUGAUUGUCUGUCUGUCCAUGCUUGUUGAACACGUGUUCGAACACCUGGGGGCCUUCUUCAGACGAACACAUCGCCGUCCCUUACUUCAUGCGUUGAUGAAGAUUCAGUCCGAGCUGAUGUUGGUGGGGUUUAUCUCUCUCCUCCUUGCCGUUCUUCAAGGUCCAAUCACAAAGAUUUGUGUUCCAAAACGGGGCGGCGAUCAGCGAUGGUUCACGUGCCCCGCCCCCGCUGGUGGUGGUCCCGUCUUCAAAUCCCCAUCGUACGGCAAUUACUCGUUGACGUCUCCAUAUUCUUCUUCUUCCGAGUCGAGCUCCGGCUCGAGCUCUCAUGGCGAUGAUGGUGAUCCGUCAACGAAUAUUAGUUAUCCGCCAUCUCCAGCAGUUGCAGGGUUCAAGUCCCCACACAGACGCCGUCUGGUUUGGCUCAGUGACGUCAGUCAAAAUCAAGGAGCAGGAGGAGGAAAAGUGACAGUGACAUCAUCCUCUUCAGACUCUUCAGGCUCUUCAGCGUCGUCACGACCUGCAGCAGGUGCAGUGUUCGAUUCCCCACCGGGCGGGGGGCGUCUCUUUAGGCUAUGGCGUCGCAGAGCACGAUCACUGCUGACCGAAGCAGCAGCAGCAGCAGGAGGAGGAGGAGGAGGAGGAGGAGGAGGAGGAGACCCGGUGUGUGGUGAGGGUAAGGAGUCGUUUCUGUCAGCACCAGCUAUUCAUGAACUGCACAUUUUCGUGUUCAUUCUGGCAGGAGUGCAUAUCACCUACUCCUUGGCCUGCAUGGGAUUAGCAUUGAGAAGGGUGUGGAGUUGGAAGAAGUGGGAGAUGACCGCCCACGCGUGCGACGACCUGGUGGACAAGAUGUCCCUGAAGGAGAAGCUGCAAUUCAGCUGUCAGGACUCCAGCCGAUCCUUCAUGGAGCGGCAUGCUAAUCGGCUCUUUCAUCGGUACAAAUGCAGCAGUUGGCUUGCUGCCUUUCUGUGUCAAUUCACAGCAUCCGUGCGGAAGGAGGACUACCUCACUCUGCGCAUGUCCUUCAUCACUGCGCACAACCUCAGUGCCAAAUUCGACUUCCACAAGUACUUAGUCAAUUCGAUGGAACACGACUACGAGCACAUCGCCGGCAUCAGCUUGCUCAUGUGGGCCUUUGCUAUUUUCCUCAUCGUCGUCGACUACAUCGAUCUGUACAGGUACUUGGUCGUCGAGGUGCUGAUCAUUCUCAGCCUGUUCGCGGUCGGAGCGAAGCUGGUCGGCGUGAUUCACAGGCUGGCGAAGGAGAACCGCGACGCCUGUGGGCCUUGUGUGGGUCGGGAUCUCAAACCCCGCGAUGCCCUGUUCUGGUUUGGCAAGCCCAAGCUUGUGGUCCACUGGAUACAUUGGAUCUUGUUCAUCUCGGCGUUCGAGCUGUCGACGGCCAUUCUGUACCUCAGGCUGUGUGGAGUGCAUGGGCUGGGGUCGUCGGAGCCGGCUGUGGUGGCGGCCGUGCGGCUGUUCGUGUGCGUUUUCGUCCUGCUGUUCUGCGGGGAGGUCACCUUCCCCCUCUUCGCCAUCGUAGGGCAGUUGGGAUCGCGAUACCGGAAGACGAUCUUUCCUAAAGAGGUAAGGCACGCGCUGGAGAAGUGGUCCAAGCUCGCGCGAGCGAACGCCAAGCGACGGAAGCGCGUGCAGCAGGCAGCGGGGAAGGAGUACGGCGGUGAUGACGUCAACGGAAAAGCGGCGGCCAACGUAGGGGGUGGGAACAGUAAGAAGACGACGACGAAGAGGGAUCCCGACCGGCAGGAGGGAGAGGGAGAGGGAGAGAAAGCAGGAGAGGGAGAGGGAGCGGGUGAGGGGGGGCAGGGACAGAGACAGCAGCAGGGCAUGUUGCAGAGGGAGAGAUGGUGGAGGGUGUCCUCUGGACGACGACGAGGAGGAGGAGGAGGAGGAGGGGAAGGAGGGGGAGGGGAAGGGGGAGGAGCGCGAUUGGGUGCGGCGGGGGCCGGGGGGAGCAAGAGUUUCAGUUUCCGCGUGGGUGCCAGCAUGAAGAGGAGCAGCUCGGAUGCCAGCUCCGCCUCGUCGGGAUCGGGAUCGGGGAGGUUCUUUGACAUGUGGUUCGACGGAGUGCCCCUCGGUCGCAGCCGGUCGAGGUCGGGACGCAGCUUGAGCUCGUCGAGCUCCUCGCCCAGCUGGUCGGAUGAGGAGAGGGAGAGGGAAGAGAUCCGACAGAGGGAGGAGGACUUGUACAGGCGGGCCAUGGAGAGAGCAGCCAAACGCUCCCUCUCAUCCUCCGCCUCCUCCUCCUCCCACCCCUAUUCCAAGUGUGACCUAAGAUGGCUGGUCAAUGAGCUCAAGGCAGGAGCACUCGAUCGACCACGAACGGAACUUCAGAAGCCUAUAGACGAAGAAGCAGGAGAAGGAGAAGCAGAAGGAGGAGGAGGAGGAGGAGGAGGAGGAGGAGGAGGAGGAGGAGGAGGGGGUGGAGUACUAGGUGAAGGAGGAGAAAAUGAAGGAGGAGCAGGAGGAGGAGUGGGAGGAGGAGUGAGAGCACGAGGAGGAAGAGGAAGAGGGAGUCUCAAAACCUGGUCGCAGUGGAAGGAUCAAGAUGACAAAUUUAUCAGCAGCAGGAGCGAGACCGAUCAUUCCGAUAGCGAUGACGCGAACCUGGACGAGGAACCGGACCAGCUGCAUCCCAGGGAAAUGGUGGUUAUUGUCGAGGAUACGUCCCACGUGGACCACGUGGAGUCCCACCUAAACCAAGUGGAGUCCCACGUUGAACACGUUGAUCACGUGGGACAGGUCGAACACGUGGGACAGGUGGGACAGGUGGGACAGGUGGAGCUCGCUCCCAUGAGAGAGGGAGGAGAUGGCAAUGCGCACGGGCAUGAUGAUGGUGAGCAGCAGGAGCAAAGGGCCAUGGUUGCUGUGGCACCGAGUACCGACGGUCAAGAGGAUGGGGCAGCAGAGAGAGGGAGAGGGAGUGGGAGAGGGGGGAGGGGAGAGAGAGAAGAGGGUGAUGACAAUUCCCACGGGCAUAGCCCUUCGCCUCCUGCGGUGGAGAACAACCUCCCUACGAGUGGUCGGGGUCGGGGUCGCGGUCGAGGUCUCGUUUCGGCGGAGAUUGAGGAUGCAGUUACCGAUGAGCUGACAGUCGGCAGCGAUCCCGACCGUGAUGAUCGUGCUGUUUGAACUUUGAAGAAAGUGGGUAAGGUGGAGAAUCCGAAAAUGCAAAUUUAAUUAAUUAAUGGACAACAAAAUGUGGUGGAAAAU